AUGGCGACCCAAAAGCUGCGACACCUCCGCCUCAACCAUGUUUUUCUCUCCCUCGCAGAACUACGACAACUUAAACUGCCGCGAGAGUCCAUCGUCCUGUCCAAUAUAUGGCUUCGGAACGGCACCUGGGUGAAGGCACUGUCGUUGUUGCGGCGGAAAUUCUCCGAACUUAGCAACCCAUCUGCGUCAAGACUAAUAAAUCCUAGGGCAGGCCUGCUCGAAUUCCUGGGGCUUGCACAGUACGCAGACCUCUUCGAAGCCCCACCGCCGCCUGAUAGGGGUACCCCGAUCGAGAAAUACCUGUUGGGGAUAAACGAUGUCAACCACUUACAAGUCCUGAUGGAGCCAGACGGACCUAGCAGUGAUGAGGACAUGUAG